AUGGAAGUCUCUAGUGAAUGCCAAUUACAAAUCAGGUUGAUAACAAAACAGGGCUUAUAUGCAGUCCCAGAUGUGCCCCUUUCGGUACCGCAAACGAUAGAUACCAAAUCUCUAAAUGAUUUGGUGAAUCAGCUAUUGAAAGAGGCCAAUCCGGAGUUCCUCAAGCCUAAGGACUUUGAUUUCAUUGUAAUCGGCGAGUUACUGAGGGUACCACUGAUAGAACAUUUACAGGAACGUAGUGUAUCAACAGAGGUUACUGUUGAGAUCGAAUAUAUUGAAAGAACACCCGCUCCAGAACCUGAGGAUUCAUUAUUACAUGAUGAUUGGGUCUGUGGAGUUCAAACAGCAGAUAAAUGGAUUCUCACAGGUUGUUAUGAUCAUUCUGUAAACAUUUGGACUACCCAUGGUAAAAUAGUAACUUCCUUGAAACAACACACUAAUUUUGUGAAAGCAGUAGCAUGGAUAGACAAAAGUGAUCCAUCCAAAGGCUUUGUCAGUGUUUCACAUGAUCUUACAGGAAUUAUAUGGUCAAUAGAACCUGGUACUGAUAAAAUUGUCCCAGAAGCCAUACUAAGGGGACAUGAAAGGGGUGUUGAUAGUGUAGGUGUUAGUCCCAAUGCCUCUAGGCUGGCUACUGGAGGGUGGGACACAAAUUUGAAAUUGUGGUCUGCUUCCCUAGAGGAAGAUGAACCAGCCCUAAAGAGGAGUAGGGGAGGAAAUGCUGCCCUUGUGAAAACUCCCUUGCACACUCUGAAAGGGCAUAAAGAGGCAAUAUCUUCCAUUAAUUGGUUGGACAAUCAUGUAGUAUGUACUGCCUCUAUGGAUCAUACAAUCAAAUUUUGGGAUGCAGAGUUGAUGGGCAUCAAGAGCGAAAUAGUCGGCCAAAAAGCCUUCCUCAGCUCCUCUUGGUCCCACCUAUCGAACGCCCUAUUAGCCACCUCGGCCGACCGCCACAUUCGUCUGUACGACCCUCGCUCGUCAGAGGGCGCCGUUUGCAAGACGACCUUCACCUCCCACCAGCUGUGGGUGGGGUCGGUCACGUGGUGCGGCUACGACCAGCAUUUGUUUUUGUCCGGCGGGUAUGAUGCCGCGGUUAAGCUGUGGGACGCCAGGAGUCCGAGGGCGCCGCUUUAUAAUUUGCAGGGACACCAAGGGCAGGUGUUGAGCGUGGAUUGGUCGAACGAUAAGUAUAUGGUGUCUGGUGGGAGCGAUAAUAGCGUGCAUAUUUUCAAGAAUAAACAUGUUUAA